ACGACUUCAACAACAACCGACAGCACAGCGACUGCGAGAGAACACCGACAGCAACAACAUCGGCUGAAAGUGAGUGUUAAGCGCUGGGCUUUUGGGCCAACCAAAAGCGUUCAACAACACUGUCCGCAGUAGUCGUCGCGUCGCGUCUGAUGAGUGUAGAAAAACAUUUGAACUCGACUUUUUGUGUAAAAUAAAUACAAAUAUUUAUUACAAAUACUAGCAAGAGAAAACCUUUGCCAGCGAAUCAACAUCGAAAUGGAAUUGGUCAUCCUUUUUGUCAAAAAGCAUUUACUUCGCGAAAGUAACAACUUACACGACAACAGCGAAAACAACAACGGCAACGACAACGGUAACGGUGAGAACAGGAACAACGCCAGCAACCGGAACCAUCCUAGCAACCCCAACAACGGGAACAACAACGAGGAGGGACAGCCAGGACAAUCAGGACAUCCAGGACAGACGAAACUAAGAGAUCAGUACCCGAAGAUCGAUCAGCGUACACGGCUACUGGCACUACGGCACCCAAAGAGAAUCGCAUCUGGUCCAAUUUCACCAACCAAUCAACCAGAAGUUGGAUAUAGAUUGGCUGAAGUUGCAGCCAAAUCGGAGGCAAUCGCUGCAGCAGUGCAACAAGAUCAAACAGCUGCACGCAAGGAGAGUAAUAACUGCAAGGACAAGUAAACCGGCAAAGUAAUCAGUCCACAACAUUAUCAUCAACAACACAAGCAAGUAAACAUUGAACAAACAACUGUACAGACAAGAAAUACUUCAACCACAACUAUACAAUCAAGAAACCACUAAUCCAAGAACUACACAUUCAACAACAUCAUCACCAACAAAGACACACAAGAGAGUAAUAAUUCAACAACGACUAAACUUACAAAACCAAACCAGGAACUGAAAAUAUCACAGCUAUAAAGAAAACACAACGUGAAACCACAACAACUACUCCCAUAAAUAUAAUUAUAAUACAAGAACACAAGAAACGCAUCCAGAAUUAGUUCACCAAG